UUGUUCUUCAGAAAAAAAAAUGGUUAUUUCUUUGAACUCAUGCCUGAGCUUUAUUUGUUUAUUGUUAUGCCACUGGAUUGGGACAUCAUCACCUCUGAAUCUCGAAGACCCUAAUGUGUGUAGCCACUGGGAAAGCUAUUCGGUGACUGUGCAAGAGUCAUACCCACAUCCCUUUGAUCAAAUUUACUACACGAGCUGCACUGACAUUCUAAACUGGUUUAAAUGCACACGACACAGAAUAAGUUAUCGGACAGCCUAUCGACAUGGGGAGAAGACUAUGUAUAGGCGCAAGUCUCAGUGUUGCCCUGGAUUUUAUGAAAGCGGGGAAAUGUGUGUCCCCCACUGUGCUGAUAAAUGUGUCCACGGUCGCUGUAUUGCUCCAAACACCUGUCAGUGUGAGCCUGGCUGGGGAGGGACCAACUGCUCCAGUGCCUGCGAUGGUGAUCACUGGGGUCCCCACUGCACUAGCCGGUGCCAGUGCAAAAAUGGGGCUCUGUGCAACCCCAUCACUGGGGCUUGCCACUGCGCUGCAGGCUUCCGGGGCUGGCGCUGCGAGGACCGCUGUAAGCAGGGCACCUAUGGUAACGACUGUCACCAGAGAUGCCAGUGCCAGAAUGGAGCCACCUGCGACCACAUCACGGGGGAAUGCCGCUGCCCACCAGGAUAUACCGGAGCCUUCUGUGAGGAUCUUUGUCCUCCUGGUAAACAUGGUCCACAGUGUGAGCAGAGAUGCCCUUGCCAAAAUGGAGGAGUGUGUCAUCAUGUCACCGGAGAAUGCUCUUGCCCUGCUGGCUGGAUGGGCACAGUGUGUGGUCAGCCUUGCCCUGAGGGUCGCUUUGGAAAGAACUGUUCCCAAGAAUGCCAGUGCCAUAAUGGAGGGACGUGUGAUGCUGUCACAGGCCAAUGUCAUUGCAGUCCAGGAUACACAGGGGAACGGUGCCAGGAUGAGUGUCCUGUUGGGACCUAUGGUGUUCGCUGUGCUGAGGCCUGCCGGUGUGUCAAUGGAGGGAAGUGUUACCAUGUGAGCGGUGCAUGCCUCUGCGAAGCAGGCUUUGAGGGCGAGCGCUGUGAAGCACGCCUGUGUCCCGAGGGGCUCUACGGCAUCAAAUGUGACAAACGGUGCCCCUGCCACCUGGACAACACUCACAGCUGUCACCCCAUGUCUGGAGAGUGUGCCUGCAAGCCGGGCUGGUCAGGACUCUACUGUAAUGAAACAUGCUCUCCUGGAUUCUAUGGGGAAGCUUGCCAGCAGAUCUGCAGCUGCCAAAAUGGGGCAGACUGUGACAGUGUGACUGGAAAGUGCACCUGUGCCCCAGGAUUCAAAGGAAUUGACUGCUCUACCCCAUGCCCUCUGGGAACCUACGGGAUAAACUGUUCCUCUCGCUGUGGCUGUAAAAAUGAUGCAGUCUGCUCUCCUGUAGAUGGGUCUUGUACUUGCAGGGCAGGAUGGCACGGGGUGGACUGCUCCAUCAGAUGUCCCAGUGGCACAUGGGGCUUUGGCUGUAACUUAACAUGCCAGUGCCUCAACGGGGGAGCCUGCAACACCCUGGACGGGACCUGCACGUGUGCACCUGGGUGGCGUGGGAAGAAAUGCGAACUUCACUGCCAGGAUGGCACGUAUGGGCUGAACUGUGCUGAGCGCUGUGACUGCAGCCACGCCGAUGGCUGCCACCCUACCACAGGCCAUUGCCGCUGCCUCCCUGGAUGGUCAGGUGUCCACUGUGAUAGCGUGUGUGCUGAGGGACGCUGGGGCCCCAACUGCUCCCUGCCCUGCUACUGUAAAAAUGGGGCUUCGUGCUCCCCCGACGAUGGCAUCUGCGAGUGUGCACCAGGCUUCCGAGGCACCACUUGUCAGAGGAUCUGCUCCCCCGGUUUUUAUGGGCAUCGCUGCAGCCAGACAUGUCCACAGUGUGUUCACAGCAGUGGGCCCUGCCACCACAUCACCGGCCUGUGUGACUGCUUGCCUGGCUUCACAGGCGCCCUCUGCAAUGAAGUGUGUCCCAGUGGCAGAUUUGGGAAAAACUGUGCAGGAAUUUGUACCUGCACCAACAAUGGAACCUGUAACCCCAUUGACAGAUCGUGUCAGUGUUACCCGGGUUGGAUCGGCAGUGACUGCUCUCAGCCAUGUCCACCUGCCCACUGGGGCCCAAACUGCAUCCACACGUGCAAUUGCCACAAUGGAGCUUUCUGCAGCGCCUACGAUGGGGAAUGUAAAUGCACUCCUGGCUGGACGGGGCUCUACUGCACUCAGAGAUGUCCUCUGGGGUUUUAUGGAAAAGACUGUGCGCUGAUAUGUCAAUGUCAAAACGGAGCUGACUGCGACCACAUCUCUGGGCAGUGUACCUGCCGCACUGGGUUCAUGGGACGGCACUGUGAGCAGAAGUGCCCUGCAGGAACAUAUGGCUACGGCUGUCGCCAGUUAUGUGACUGUCUGAACAACUCCACCUGCGACCAUAUCACCGGGACCUGUUACUGCAGCCCUGGAUGGAAGGGUGCAAGAUGUGAUCAAGCUGGUGUUAUCAUUGUUGGAAAUCUGAACAGCUUAAGCCGAACCAGCACUGCUCUCCCUGCUGAUUCCUACCAGAUCGGGGCCAUUGCGGGCAUCAUCAUUCUUGUCCUAGUUGUUCUCUUCCUACUGGCAUUGUUCAUUAUUUAUAGACACAAGCAGAAGGGAAAGGACUCAAGCAUGCCAGCAGUUACCUACACCCCUGCUAUGAGGGUCAUCAAUGCAGAUUAUACCAUUUCAGGAACCCUUCCUCACAGCAAUGGUGGAAACGCUAAUAGCCAUUACUUCACCAAUCCCAGUUACCACACGCUCACCCAGUGUGCCACAUCUCCUCACGUCAACAACAGGGACAGGAUGACCGUCACGAAGUCAAAAAACAAUCAACUGUUUGUGAAUCUUAAAAAUGUGAACCCUGGGAAGAGAGGCCCCGUGGGGGACUGCACUGGGACAUUGCCGGCAGACUGGAAGCAUGGCGGCUACCUCAACGAGCUCGGUGCUUUUGGACUUGACAGAAGCUAUAUGGGAAAAUCCUUAAAAGACCUGGGAAAGAAUUCUGAAUAUAAUUCAAGUAACUGCUCCCUAAGCAGUUCUGAAAACCCAUAUGCCACCAUUAAAGACCCACCUGUACUUAUCCCUAAAAACUCAGAGUGUGGUUAUGUGGAGAUGAAAUCACCAGCACGAAGAGAUUCCCCAUAUGCAGAGAUCAAUAACUCAACUUCAGCCAACAAGAAUGUCUAUGAAGUUGAACCUACAGUGAGUGUUGUUCAAGGAGCAUUCAGCAAUAAUGGGCAUCUCACCCAGGAUCCAUACGACCUCCCAAAGAACAGUCACAUCCCUUGUCAUUAUGACCUGCUGCCAGUCCGAGACAGUUCAUCCUCCCCCAAGCGAGAGGACAGUGGCAGCAGCAGCAGCAGCAGCAGUGAAUGACACCAAAGGACCACUUGGUAGCCACUGGAAUACUUUCCAGAACUGCAAUUUGUUUCUUCUCCAUCCUCAAUUGUGCCACUUUCAUGUGAAUGUUAAUCAACUCCAGUAGGCAACUGUUGGACAUGAACCAGAAAGCUCGAAGCUGAGGCUGCAACUGUUGGAUAUGAACCAGAAAUUUCAAGGCUGAGGCUGACACCGACGAUAGGUGCUUUUCGUUCAAGUGGCUUUGAAGGAGUUAGAGAUGUGAUUUGCCAUUGCUGUUAGAUUUAGAACUAUCCCCGUGAAGCAUGACUUAUUGUAAGAUGUUGGCUGAAAUCAUGAACUUGCAGAACUCCCUCGGAGACACAGAUGGCAGUGGACAUUGACGUUGCCUGAAAAAUUAAAAGUUGAGUAUUUUCUUUCUCAUUUGCAUCAUAUAGAGCUGUACCUAAGAUUGUACAGUUUACCAUAAAACUUACUUCAGGAAAGUGGGAAUCACUGAACAUGUAGAAGGAAAGAAACGUGUUGUCAAGUCCUUAUUCUUAACUUUAUUCAGCUGGACUCAGAAUUGUAGGGAUAAUAUGAAUGCAAGAGGAAACAUUCUGUCAGGUGGCGUAACUGGAUAAACUUUGAAUAUACUCUAAAAGUGGACAGAAAACUUAAACAUGAAAAUCUUAGAUUUUGUUUUGAAUGAGAAGAUAUAUAAUUAGAAUUAUUGCAGAAAUACUAGUAAGUAUUGCAGAAGUCAAUACACAAAUGUUACAGGCAGAGGUGGUUUUUCUCUCUAUUUGACCCUCUACAACUUCGGAUCUAUGACAUUAUUCUGAUCACUGGCUCCAUCAUACAUAUUCACCACUUGAGAUUCAUAACAUAUCAGUAAUUAUUUCAUAAAGAAAUGAUUUUAUUUUUGACAGACUGGAUGGAAUGAGUGUGUAAUGAUUGAUAAAGGUUGUAAAUUUUAAGUGCAAGACGAUGCUUAAGUUUUGUAAACCAUUAGUAAUACAUGCUGUAAUAUAGAAUUAGCAGAACAUUUUGAUUAAUUUUUCCCUAGAGGUGACUGAAAUAUUUUUGUGCAUAUUUGAGAAAGGGCACUUUCCUUUUAUUAAUUGUCGAUUUAGAGAAACUAUGCUUAAGCUGGUCUUUUGCAUCGCUAAUGUGACAUGUAUCCCACUUUUCAUUAAUUUGUAUUUCCAUUUUUAAGUUGCAUAUUCUAUGUUUUGUAGUGUUUGGAUUGUUAAUGAAAAAAUAUUAUAUGUUCAUUGUUCCUUGUAUUAUUGCCGCUCAUCUUUUGAUUGAUAAAAAUGCAUUGUUCUUUUUUCUUUUGGAGGGACAAGAUGAAAAUAUAUAAUUUGAAUGGAU